GAGGCGGUGGUGAACCAUCAGAGUCUCAUCAUGAAAGUCCGUCACACUUUGAUCGUCUUCUUCUUCCUCUCAGAUCUGCAGGAUGGAAACAACGGUCUGGUCAAAGUCCAAGUCUAUACAGCAGCUGAAGGGGGAAAUGUCAGAGUUGAAUGUCCGUCUUCUUCGUUUGGAAGCUGGAAGAUCUUCUGUAAGGAACCGUGUGAACAAGAAGACAUUCUCAUUGAAAGAACCAAUGUCAGAGCUCAGAAAGGCAGAUACAGCAUUGAAUGGAUGAGGGGAAGCAGAGAUGUUGAUGUGACCAUCAGACAGCUGACCAAGUCUGACUCAGGACUGUACAGGUGUGGCUCUAGAUAUUCAUCACAUCAGAUUGAAGUCAUCGUUGUAGAUGCUCUGCUGGAUGGAGAUCCUUCUGAAGAAAAAACCCUCUAUUCAAGAACUGGAGGAAAUGUCUUAGUUGAAUGUUUCUUUACUACCUCUGGAUCCAGAACAUACUUCUGUAAGGGAGAAUGUAAAGAAGAAGACAUUCUUGUUGAAACAACUAAUCUCACAGCUCAGAGAGACAGAUACAGCAUCAGAUAUGUACCAGGAGAUCCAUCAGGAGUAUUUCUGUAUGUGGGCAUCACACAGCUGACCAUGUCUGACUCAGGACGGUACCGGUGUGUUCUGGACAGGCGUCUGUUUACAGAUCCUUACCGUGAGUUUGAGAUCAUUGUCACAGAUGCUCCGCCCACUUCUAAACCAAACCAAGAUAUUUCAUCAUCAGUCCCAUCAGCCUCCACAGCAACAACGACUCAGAGUUUUAACUCCACUUCAGGAAGUUCUGGACCAACAACUAGAGGUGUGUGGUUGUAUGCAGUGAUUGUUGUCGUCAUUGUCAUCGUCUCAGGACUGGCGCUGAUGAUAUUCUGUAUUCGGAGGAACACCAAACCUGAUGGUGUGAACACCAGAGGAACCUCAGAAGGCACAAACAUGGAGAUUGCCCUCUAUGAGAACUGUUCUCCAGUCUCCCCAUCUGAAGACUCCACCUAUCAGAGCCUCGAUCCAGCCAGCAGGGAUCAGGACCAAACCUACUCUACACUCACACACACAUAACACACAUGACCUGGAUUCUGUUGCUGUGUAUUUAUGUGGAAAAACCCCCAAAACAUAUGGGUUAAUCUUUCCCUCUGUUCUCUGCCCUUCUUUAAUUUCUCUUUAGUUUUUAGUUUUUCUUUAUUAUUUUCUGCUCUGGUAUUUGUCCCAGUUCCCUUUCCUCAAGAAACAUUUUAGUUUAUUUCCUCACCACUCCUUCCUCUUAUGUUCUCGUUAUACUAUAGACAACGAGAUGAUAUAGCUAUACCUACUAAAAUACAGUUAAACCCAUCAUCUGCAGAGAUUUGAUGACUGUAUUUGUGUGUCUUGAUGAUCUACGUUGAAUAUAUUUUUCUGCUCUUUCCUGCUCCAAGACAACCGGUCUUACUUGUUUUAAACAUACUCUUAAUUUGCUUGUUUGUUUGUUUCUCAUUUUUUAUCGUACAUUUUUCACAUUUUCUAUUUUUAAAUUGUGGCUUUUACUAUUAAUAUAUAUCACCAAGUUUAUUUCCUUGUAUGUGUCAAUGGUAAUAAAACAAUGUCUGAUUC